AUGCCGCAGGUGGAAAUGAUCCUCUUCCUCAUCCUCAUCAUUGGGAUGUGUGUGUACGGCCAGGACCCGGCUUCCAAGGUGGUGUCCGACCGAUACGCCGUCUUCUGGAACCGAACCAACCCCAAGUUUUACCGGGGCGACUACCACAUCGACGUCUGCAUAAACGACUACCUUGAUGUCUACUGUCCACAUUACGUCGGACCGGUCUCCGAGGAUCGGGCCGAGCGCUACAUCCUCUACAUGGUGAACUACGAUGGCUACAGCUCUUGUGACCACACUGCCAAGGGCUUCAAACGCUGGGAGUGCAACAGGCCUCUAUCGCCGAACGGACCGCUGAAAUUCUCUGAGAAGUUCCAGCUCUUCACCCCCUUCUCCUUAGGCUUUGAGUUCCGCCCCGGCAGAGAGUAUUAUUACAUCUCCUCCAUCACCGAUGACAAGGGAAGAAGGAGCUGCCUUCGACUCAAAGUCUUCGUCAGGCCUCAAAACAAUUGUGUGAGAAACUCUGGGAGCUCGCAGGAAGGGGUCGACUUUGACGAGAACAGUCACAACUCCCUAGAACCCAGAGACGACAUCAGUCAUGAGUCGCCCGAGCCAUCACGAAGGGAUGUGAACUCUGCUGGUCGGCGCCAGACUUCAGUCCUCCUGCUCAGCUUUGCCCUCAUACUCCUGGCUGCCAUCUUAUCUUUAUAG